GUCUCCAAUGAAUAAAUCCUUUUUGCAUCUGAUGCUUGUUUGUAAACACUAAAGAAACAUAAAAGAUACGUCGGUCAAUACACGUUUAGGGAAUGAACAGACUAUUUGGACGCGGGAAGUCGACGGCGCCGUCCCCGAAUCUGUCGGACUGCAUCGGCAACGUUGAUGCGAGAUCAGAGUCCAUAGAAAAGAAGAUCGGCCGACUGGACGGUGAACUUGUGAAGUACAAGGAUCAGAUGAAGAAGAUGAGAGAUGGGCCCUCGAAGAACAUGGUGAAACAGAAGGCGAUGAGAGUCCUGAAGCAAAAGAGAAUGUAUGAAGGUCAAAGAGAACAGCUGGCUCAGCAGUCUUUUAACAUGGAGCAGGCAAACUACACAAUCCAGACAUUAAAGGACACCAAAACGACAGUGGAGGCCAUGAAGAUCGGUGCAAAGGAAAUGAAAAGGGCUUACAAGGACGUCAAAGUUGAUCAGAUUGACGAUUUACAAGACCAACUGGAGGACAUGAUGGAGGACGCCGGCGAGGUGCAGGAGGCCUUGAGCCGCAGCUACGGCACUCCAGAGAUCGAUGAAGAUGAUCUUGAAGCAGAGCUGGACGCUCUGGGUGAUGAGCUGCUGCUGGACGAUGACAACUCCUACCUGGAUGAGGCCUCAGAUGCCCCGUCCAUCCCUGAGGGGAUGCCCGGUGACAGAAAGACAAACAAGGAUGGCGUUUUGGUGGACGAGUUUGGCCUGCCGCAGAUUCCUGCCUCGUAAACAAGGAAUGGAUUGAAACGACUGCACUUCAUCUGAAAACACUUUUAUAUGUAGAGUAACAUUUAUACAUGCAAAACAUUUGACCUGAGAACACUGGGAUUUUGAAGCCGAGCCGGUGUUGGGUCGUGUACCGUUACCACGACUGUACAGCAUGUGGCCUUGUAACAUACUGAACCUUUUUUAAACACUUCUUCUCCUUCCCGCCUAACGCUUGUCAGUCUCGUCCAUCACCAGUAUUACUAAGUUCCUUUUUAUUUUGUCUUACUUGUGUUCAAGUUUUAUGUGUUGUUCAGUCCUUUUGUGGACAUGAUUCCCCGAGAGCCUGUUCAUAUGUGUUAUUUAAAAAACAUGCAAAAUAAAUGAUGUGGUUUAAUUUAACCUUAAA